GGGAUACCCGCAACUAAGCGCAGACAGAUCACAGUCUUGCUGUGUGGUUUGUUUCACUAACUUUACAGCUGAGGGAAGGUGCGACUUGUUUAUGGCUCGUCACACUGUGUGACAUAAUUUACGGCGCCCGCAUAGUCUUUCUGCAAGGUUCCCGUUGGAGUGGCAUCCCCCCCUCACCACCAUCACUGCGCGCGUCUCCUUUCUCGGCGCUGUAAACUGAUUAUCGGCUGAAGCGCGCACAGGCAGCAGCAGCAGCAGCCCGGCUGUGACACCCGUCCUCCUACAGCUACAGAGUGUGUGCUCAGGCUGGGUGGCUGCUGCUCGGGCACCAUGGAGCAAAAAUCCCCCAAAGCCGGAGGCUCCGGCAGGGGCCAGGAGUCCCUGUCCUACCAGCGGAGGAUGUGGAAGAAUUUCCAGGAGAAAACCAAGCCGUGGCUCAGUCCGAAAAUGGGCUCGGAGCGCCGCGGAGCCGGAGGUGGAGCGGAGGGUACCAAGAAGGAGUCCGGCUUGUGGAUGUUCAAGAGGAAAAGGAAACAGCUGGACCGCGUGUUUUCGUCGUCGCAGCCGAACUUGUGCUGCUCCACUCCGGCGCCUUUUGAAGGAGACAAGCGUGCCGCCGGUGGAGGCGACGCGACCUCGGACACGACCUCCGAUGGCCAGACUCUGGGGACGGCUUCUGGGGCCACGGGCAGCAAGCCGGAGCUGACGGCCCACGGCAGCCCCAAACUUGCCGUGUCCCAGCUGAUGACGUGCCAGCAGAAGAGCUUCUCGCUCGGCUCGCCGUGCUUCGAGAAGCUGGUGGUGGAUCCGGCGGCGGAGCUGCGGGAGGAAGAGCAGCUGCGUAAAAACGCAAGCGAUUCUGGCAUCAACAUAGUUGGGCCCAGUAAUGCAGAGUCUCAGCUACAGCUGCCCUGUCCAGCCAUGUACCAAUUGGAUAUUGUCUUGAAGAAAGGGAAAAACCUCGCCAUUCGUGACCGAACAGGGACCAGCGAUCCAUAUGUGAAGUUUAAAAUCGGAGGGAAGGAAGUGUUCAGAAGCAAGACGAUCCAUAAAAAUCUAAACCCAGUGUGGGAUGAGAGAGUCAGCCUUUUGGUGGAAACGCUCAGGGAGCCGCUAUAUGUCAAGGUGUUUGACUAUGACUUUGGACUUCAGGAUGAUUUCAUGGGCUCAGCUUAUCUCCAUCUGGAGUCACUGGAACAUCAGAGGACGCUGGAUGUGACACUGGACCUGAAGGACCCACAGUACCCUGAACAUAACCUGGGAAGCCUGGACCUUUCUGUCACUCUGUCGCCAAAGGAGGGGGACAUCCGGGAUGCGACCAUGCUUUUGAGAAGAAACUGGAAACGAUCUAGUAAGUAUCAGAGUAUGAGGCUGUCGGAUGUGCACAGAAAGGCCCAGCUCUGGCGAGGUAUCGUCAGCGUCAGUCUGAUAGAAGGUCGCAACCUGCAGCCCAUGGACGCCAACGGCCUCAGCGAUCCCUACGUCAAGUUCAGGAUGGGUCAUCAAAAGUACAAGAGCAAGACAAUUCCCAAAACACUAAACCCUCAGUGGAGAGAGCAGUUUGACUUCCACCUGUAUGAAGAGCAGGGAGGCUACGUGGACAUCACAGUCUGGGACAGAGAUGCUGGCAAGAAGGAUGACUUCAUGGGCAGGUGCACCAUCGACCUGUCGCUUCUCAGUAAAGAACACACGUACAAGCUGGACCUGCCACUGGAGGAAGGAGAAGGUGUUCUAGUGCUACUGGUCACACUUACCGCAUCCGCCGCAGUUUCCAUCUCAGAUCUGUCCGUCAACAUGUUGGACGAUCCACACGAGAGGCACCAGAUUAUGCAAAGAUAUAGCCUCUGGAGGUCACUCCACAACUUGAAAGAUGUCGGCGUGGUGCAGGUGAAGGUCAUCAGAGCCGAGGGACUCAUGGCGGCAGAUGUCACAGGUAAAAGCGACCCAUUUUGCGUGGUGGAGCUGAGCAACGAUCGACUACAGACACACACCAUCUACAAAAAUCUAAACCCCGAAUGGAACAAGGUCUUUACUUUCAACGUCAAGGACAUCCACUCGGUGCUCGAGGUUACCGUUUACGACGAGGACCGAGACAGAAGUGCCGACUUUCUUGGGAAAGUGGCUAUCCCCUUGCUAAAUAUCCAAAAUGGAGAACGCAAAGCCUACGUCUUGAAAAGCAAGGAGCUGACAGGGCCAACAAAAGGGGUCAUCUUUCUCGAAAUAGACGUGAUUUUUAAUGCUGUGAAGGCUGGUCUCAGGACGCUGACCCCCGCCGAACAAAAGUAUAUUGAGGAGGAGCCUAAAGUGUCCAAACAGUUGCUCCUGCGCAACUUUAACCGAGUCAGGCGCUGCAUCAUGUUCCUGAUCAACACAGGCUGCUACAUCAACAGCUGCUUCGAAUGGGAAUCUCCACAGAGAAGCAUCUGUGCUUUUGUGAUUUUCAUCAUUGUUGUCUGGAACUUUGAGCUUUAUAUGAUUCCUCUGGCGUUGCUCCUACCGCUGGCCUGGAACUACAUUCUCAUCGCAUCGGGGAAGGAUACGAGGCAAGAUGUUCAAGCUGUGGAGGACCUGCUGGAAGAUGAGGAUGAGGAUUUUGACAAAGAUGACAAGGACCCUAAACAAGGCCCCUGGGAGGACAGCCAUGAUAAAAACCAUGUCCUCGAGGAUAUAUUGGCAUCCUGGCACUUUGAGUGGAUAAGAGUGAUGGUGGACUCUGAGAGAAAGGGCUUUGUGAACAAGCUUUAUGCCAUUCAGGACGUGUGCAUCAGCGUGCAGAAUGCACUGGAUGAAGUGGCCUCCUAUGGCGAGAGGAUAAAGAACACAUUUAACUGGACCGUGCCUUUCUUAAGCUGGUUAGCGAUUGUAGCUCUCGUUGUAGCCACAGUCGUCAUCUACUUCAUCCCACUGCGGUUCAUCGUGCUGGCCUGGGGGGUGAACAAGUUCACAAAGAAGCUGCGAGACCCUUACACCAUUGACAACAACGAGCUGCUGGACUAUCUGUCCAGGGUGCCCUCAGAUGUACAAGUGGUGCAGUACCAACAGCUGAAACCGGAUCCCAAUCCCAGUCCAAAUAAAAGGAAGAAAAACAACCCCGGGUAGAUCACUCCGUCCGCCCACGGACUCCUCUCUUCUUCAUUUUUCUCCCGCUGGUCUGACACUGGACACGGAGGAGCAAAGUCUUGGCUGAACCAUCCUUCUUCUAUUUAUAUCCUGUCUUGUUUUUGUUGAACUUAAUUUCUCCCUUCAGCAGACUUUACAGUUUCCUUAAAUAUAAUUCUAUUUGAGGAAAGACUUCAAGAAACCUUUAAAUUGUCGUUCUUGUUAUUCAGUCUUGCUUUUGAUACAUCGUCUUUUUUUUUCUUUUUUUUUCUUUUAUAUAUAUAUAUCAGCCAUGUCCGCUGCUGUGCCCUUCCCUCUGGAAGUCUGUGUGCUUGCCACAAUAGUCAAAUACAUACAGUUAAAAUAUAUAUAGAUGAUUAGUUACAUUUAUGUUAAUAU